CUCAGAGGAAAGUAACAGAAAGAUCUUUCUCAAGAGGUGAUUAAGACUUUAGUGAUAGGAAAAUGGCUUUGUCCUUCUCAUUUCUUUUCUGGAUUUUUCUAAGAACCAUCUGCUGUCAGCCUCAGUGCAUCCAAGAACCCCUUGAUGAUGCAGAGUUUUACAUUAAUGCAACAGAGCACAUUGAAGUGCAAUCAAUCGAGUGUAUUCAGAUUCCACACGAAGUUACUUUUCCACGAGACAAAGUUACGGUCCCAUAUAGAAAGAUCUUAUUUGAAGGAGAUCCAUUGAAUGUUGUUGAUGUAAAAGUUGUCAGUGGCAUGGAUUCUGAUACAAAAGAUAUAUUCUUAAUUCAGGCGCUUCCACGUGGAGAAUAUGAGUAUGGCUUUAAACUUGAAUGGGGAUGCAAUCAAACAUAUGUUUUCCCCAGAAGGAUUCACAUUUCCGUUUCUGCAUUAAGGGCAAAACCAUCUCUUUCUCCCCCCCCAAUGGUGGAAGGACAACGUUCAGGACUAUAUUGCCGGGCUCCUUAUUCAUGCUCCGGUGAUGUGAUUUUGUUCUUGAAAUGGCAAAAAGCUGAUGGACAGUCCACAACAUUGGACAAUGGUUUCAGUGAUUAUGAAGAUUUCUUCCGGUAUAGAUAUGCAUCUAGACGUAGAUGGAGACACGGAGGUAGACUCCAUAUACCUUUUAAUCCUACAGCGGAUCAUCACAAUACCAACAUCACAUGUGUGGCAGAAUAUGAUCAUGAUAUUGCUGAGACAACUGUCACCUUGACAGUGAAAUUCUCACCUAGGAUCCUAAACAGCUCCCAUUGCCGAGUUACAGCAGAGCAGCUGAUUUGUCUGUGCAUCAGUUGGGGCAAUCCUCUUCCACCAAUCUUUUGGCCUUUGGAAACCCUCACAGAUUACUCAGUCACUAGUUUUAGCAUUGCUCAGAGAGUAAGAAGCACCUUCACCAUGCCUGCAGCUAAAUAUCACAAUAACACGGUCAAAUGCAUGAGCAGCAAUGAACUUGGUCAGGCCGAAACUGAUAUUCUGAUUGAAAACUCUGCAGAGGAUGUCAAGCCAGACGAUUCUCAAGGAUCAAGCAAAGGGUUUGACUCGGCUCUUCCCUGGAUAACCGGAGUGUGUUUCACUCUAAAUCUGGUCUUUGUUGCCGUCAUCGUCUGUAUUCAUCAAAGAAGUAAAAAUAAGCUCAAGGAACCAUUUGAAGAAGUAAAGACAUAUGCAUCUUUGAGAAAGGUUGAUGUGGAGGAAGAGUACAGCGUUAUUUCCCCACAGUGUAAAUAGGGCAACUUUAGCUUUGCAACAAAGAGGAAGUAACAUUUAUCAUGAUGUCAUGUAUUUAAAAAUAGCUAUUUAAAUUGUGCUUGUUAGUAAUGUACAGGGUGACAAGCCUUUUUAAGUCAAACACGUAUAUAUCAGCCUAGUGAUGUACAAAUUAUCUACCCUUAGAGAUAAGGCGAGUCAGCUGGGAACUCCUAAUAUAGCUGCUCCUUCUCCACAUGUUAAAGAGGAAGCUGAGCUGUUUCAGCUAUCUGAUCAGGACGUUUGAAUCACUUGGUACUGUUCUUCCAGCAACCCUACUGAAGACAAACAAAUGGACAGACAGAAAGAUGCAAACAUGCAUAUCUAAAUUGCCGCAGUUAGGUUCAGUGGUUGCUAGUGAUAAAUUGUUUUUUGGGAGGCGCACUACAGUAGGGGUCGGCAAUUGCCACACAAUAAACCCUACCUGAACCCUGCAUGGUCCCUGUCCUGCUGUUGGAUCGCUACGUUUGGUCAAUCUGUUUUUUUAUUAUUCCUCCAGCAAAGC